GAAGGGAGCCCCGCGCGCGCACAAGCAGCCAGCCAGUAGCUCCAGGAAACGGAGCCUGGAGUUGUGUGCAGGCGCUGCUGGUGGCGUGCCGAGCAGGGCUGGCUGGAUAGAAGCAGAGUUUGUUGCCCGCGUUGGAAAAAGCCAGACCGCCGGAGUUUCCUGCUGGCCUCUCCAAGCAGAGCGCAGAGGAGGCAGAACCAGAGGCAAAGAAGGGAAACUCCUCUCUGAGCCAGAACUCCUUCCCGGCUCCACUUCCACCCGCGGCGCUGCCCCGAAGUCGGAGCUGACUCCCUGGAAGGCCGGCGCGAGAUGCGGACCAGGAGCAACGACUCUUAGGCGAGCGGGACCUCCCUGUCGGGACUUGCUUGGGCAGACGGGGGCCAAACGAGGCGUAGCGGCGACGGUGCUCGCGGGUACAAGGCGAAGCGCCAGGAAGGGGAGUGACGUUCCGCUGUGGCGGCGGCAGUGGCUGGGGUCUCCCUCGGAGGGUCUCCCGCCUGCCCACGGACUCGUCUCGCCGCGGGCGCCCCCUCGGACCCUCGCUGUGUUAUGGCUCCGUCCCGCCUACCCGGGCGCAUCUCUUCACCCGCCACAGCCCGGGCUCUCCUGCCCUCCCGGCUGCAGAACUAGGCUGUGGGGGUCGCUGCCUCUUUGACGAGCGGCCGGCGACUCGGCCGGCUCCCUCGGCGCGCUCCUCCCCUCGGCGCCUCGGCUCGGGUUGCUGAGCAGGGAAGGUCCCGCGCGGGAUUCCCAGGCGCCUCGCCGACAGCCAACUGUUCGCGCCGCAGUACCCAGAGCGGCAAAGGCGCCACCUCCAUUAGCGCUGAAUGACUCCGCCGUGGGGCGCCGCUUCCUCCUCUUAGGAGAUUGUCCGGGAUUCCGUGGGGCUUGACAGAAAGGCUGGACUCUUUCUCGAGGGCUGCGCUUGCUGCCCGUCGCCGGCGAGGGGACGGGCUCCGGGAGGCUAGCGCCCUACUUCAGCCGGACUUGAGCCAUUUCUGGGAGCUUGGAUAUUUCUCUGCGCUCCUUUCUCCUGCCCAGCAACUGCGGGACUCUGUUCCUAGCGCCCCUCACAAGUUGGCUUCUUGAGGGCUCGCCGGCUCCAUAUCCUGCACUGACUUGGCGCGCCCAUUUUCAGGCGAGGCGACCCUGGGCACGCGGCGCCAAUCUCUCACGCGUGGCUGUCCCCCACCUCCCACGGCCACGUGCUUUCCGCACAGCGGGGCUUGUGGCACACACGUGUCUACACAACCACCCGCAGCUGCUGCAUUCACACACGCGCCCCCUCCCCGCACAUUCACUGAGUGUGCCUCGACCCAGGCUGUGAGGAGAGGGGCGCCUGCCUGGUGUCCGAGGCCCGCCUGCGGGCGCCCGCCUGCUGCCGCCCCCUCGCGGUGCCAUGUGGAGGGGGCGCUGUUCUCUGGGAGGGCGGCCUGGGGCGUCGCUGCUGCUGCUGCUUGUGGGGCUGGCGGCGAGCGCGCGGGCCAGCGGCGAGUAUUGCCACGGCUGGCAGGACGGGGCGACUUGGCGCGACGGCUUCCAGUGCCCGGAGCACUUCGACGACGGCGACGCCACCAUCUGCUGCGGCACGUGCGCCCUUCGCUACUGCUGCUCCCGCCCGGAGGCCCGCCUGGACCAGGGCGUCUGCGACAACGACCGGCAGCAAGGGGGAGCCGAGCACGGCCGGCCCGACAAGGACAUCCCCGACGGCGCAGCAGGUACAAAGCGGAGGAGGGGAGGGACACGGGCAGCUGCCUCGUUGCUAAUGUUGAGUGAACUAGUUUGGUUGAACUUAGUAUUGCCUACACUGACAGGCAGUAGCAGCCCCAGGAUUUCAGAGUCUCUCCCAGCACGACCUGGAAUUGAACUCAGUACCUUCUGCAUGCCAAGCAGCUGCCCUGCCACUGAGCUACAGCCCUUCCCAUAUUUAUCAUAGUUGCAUUGCUUUCUUUAAAAAGGAAACGACCCAUCUAUUUCUAGAUCUUAGCCCCCACCUUGUCUCAAGGCCCAGGAUUAUUAUCCUGCACUCAGGGAAGGUACACACAGGACUCAUCUACACAGCUGCAAAUAAAACGUUUUAAAUGUGUUGUAAAGUGCAAUAUACAAAUGUGACACUAGAUGGCAACAGUGAGCUAUGCAAAAUCCAAUGUAUUUUCCGAAACGUUUUUAAAAUAAGCAUUUUCACAGCGUUUUUAAUGUGUACAUAGAUUCCACCACAGACUCUGAAAACAAGGUACUCUUCUGCUGUGCUUAUUAGUACCCCAGACAAUUGAUUUCUACCCACCCACCUAUCACCUGCCCACUUAACACAAAUAAGUUUCUUUAGCAAGUCUAUCAAUGCAGUGCUUGACUGGUCUCCCGGGGUUUACCCAUGUGGCGUGCAUAUAAGGCAUGGCAUGUGCCACUUGUGAAUGUUGUUCUUGUGAGGUAGAAAGAACUUUUAUAAAAAAUAUUGUGGACUAUGCAAGUUGCAACCAAUUUAGGACUUCUGUUUGAAAAAGUAAUUCGCAAGCUGCUUCAGGGCCAGGUUCACACAUGACACUAAAGAAAUGCACUUGAGCCUUUCUCACGUGCUGUUUAGGUGCAGGAGAAUGUUGAUGCAGGGCUGAAAGACAUUUUUAAAUCUUACGACGUCCUUUCUGGGCUUUGUAGGUAGGUAGCUCCUACCCUGCCUUUCCCCUCAAACUCAUCCUUCCCUUGCCCAUGUGCCUGUAGAAGUUUGCAACAGGCUAUCAAGUUUAGCAGUGCCAGAGUGGUAAUUGCAAUAUGGGGGCUAUCAGGUAGAGGCCCCUCAAAAAAUGCCCCUGGCCCUGUUUAUAUACCAGCAUAAGUCAGUGUUACCUUGGUGCUUUCAUUAAUGAUUGGUGUUGUUUUUCUCCAGUCGAUGAAGCGUGUGAAGCAGUAACCUUCUCUUCCCUUUCUCAGUUCCCACAGCUGGAAAACCUUCCAUUCCUCAGUGCUUGGGGGGGGGGGGGAGAGAAAUAAAUAGAUGGAUCUUUUCCAUGCUGAUACACUGAGGAAGUAGUAGCCAGUUUAUUUUCCUUGAAGUGGGAAGUUGCUUAGUUAUUGCAAAUUGCUCCUUUUGUGCAUAGGUGCCAACUCCCUGGGGUGCCUGAGCACCCACAAAAUUCCCCAUGAAGGGGCCAGGCACCCACAAAUUUCACUACUAGAGCCAUGAACGCUGCAUGACACCCAUGGCCCCAGGCACCCGUGGUUGCAGGGCCAAGCUGGCAUUCCUGCUUGUGUGCAUGAAUAUAAAGAACAGACAUAGGCAAACUCGGCUCUCCAGAUGUUUUGAGACUACAGUUCCUAUCAUCCCUGACCACUGGUCCUGUUAGCUAGGGAUGAUGGGAGUUGUAGUCCCAAAACAGCUGGAGGGCCAAGUUUGGCCAUCACUGACUUAACUCAACUGGCCUUACCUCUGAGUGGACACAUGUAGGACUGUAAGCCUCACUGAUUUCAGAGGGGAAGAGAAGCACAAAGCUAAACACACUCUGCUGAACUCUCCUACUGAAAUAAAUGGGAUUUAAAACUUUGGCUGGAUCACAUUUUCAUUUUAUUUACUCAUGAUGUAAUUAUUUUAACGAGCUGUGACAGCCCACUAAGAAUUUCAAAAUAAGUUCAAAAAUUAUGGAGCUGAGCUCUGCAGUCCACCUUCUUAUGAAGCCAUUAUAACUUUAAUGACUUUAAACUAAAGUGUAUACAGUGCUGCCAAAGUAUUUUUGAGAACAUAGAUGAGGUGACAAACACCCUGCUAAUAAGCACAGUGGUUAUAAAACAGGCUAGAGUUACGUGCAGCUAAGCUGUUGACUUCAAUGAGCCCAAGAGUACUUCCUUGCUGGGUAGUGACCAAUACCUCAAUUCAAGUUCCACUGAAAUCAGUAGGUCUUAUGCAAUGUGCUUAGGAUUUUUAUGAAGCACUGUUCAUCAAAACUUAAUAACACUUAAGUUUCCAGUCUCUGAGUAAUGAGGCUUUUUUCUUAAUGCUCAUCUUCAAAAAAAAACCAUAAUGCAAGUAAUAAUAAAAACUGCAGGUGGUAAACGUCGCCUUAGAAGAGUCAUGCCCAUCUUUCUUUUAUUGCAUGCACAAUUGGGAGCUUGCCUUCUAAGAAGAGGCUUGUUGUGUCGUGAGUGUGUCAUCUAAAAUGAAAGGGUUGGGUCCAGGGUUGCUCUCAGUGGAGUUCUGCUCUUGCUGAAGGAAGGGGGCAGUGUGUGGUCUUUGCAAUGUCCUCCUUCCCCUGCCAUUCCUGGAAAGCUGUUGUGGGAGAACUUCCCCAGAGCAGCAUGAGAGGUUGCAUAGGUGGUGAUUGACAGGUGGCUGCAGGAAUCAGCAGGGAGUCACUGGACCUCAGUGCAUUCCAUGAAUGGAGCUCUUCCAUUUGUGAAAUGGCCCAUCCAGACCCUAACCAUAGAAAUUAUGGUGCUUCCUUCUGAACUGAUUAUUAUUAUUUUUUUAACUUGCAUUCAAAUUUAAUAAAUUAAUUUGCCAAUCAUGUAAAACUGACUGACUGACUUAAGAUUUCUUUAACUGGGCAACAGAGUACCUUAGCCUCACAACAGUUCUUAUGCUAUAUCAUAAGCAAAUAGAGGGGAAAUAUUAACCUCAUGGUUAAGCAGGAAUUUCAACCUGGGUCUUCCCACUACCAGCUUGGCUCAUUGCCCCACCCACAACAGCCUAAAUUCUGGAAGGAACGUUAUUGAAUUGGGAUCUGUACAGGACACAGCUCAUCCAAUAAGGCAUGCAAAUCAGCUAUUGGAUGAUCCUGUGCAAAGCAGUUCCAAAUGAUCAGUUCAGGUUGCACAGUUUGGAUGUGCCUUCCCAUCCAUGUUGUGAUGCAGGUAGUCAUAGUAGUAGCAGUGAUGAUUAUUUCAACUAUAGCAAUGACAACUUAGUUCAGUGGGAAGGGCCAAGUUAUGGAAAACAGCCAGGAUCUGAAGCAGGUUUACCUGUGAGUCAAUCAGGAAGCAGUAAGACUGGGGUAGCCAACGUGGUACCCUCCAAAUGUUUUAGACUGCUGCUCUCAUCAUCCGUGAACGUUGGCCGUGCUGGCUGAGGAUGAUAUCCAACUACAUAUGGAGGACUCCAUUUUGGUUUUCCCUGGGCUAAGAGAUAGCCGUAUUUCCUGAGGCUGCUUACUGAGCUUUAUGGCACAGGUGAUAUUUGAACCAAGACUUCCCAAGUCUGUCUCUUAGCCACUGUGUUAAGGUGAAGGUGAAGGGAAUGCAUAUCCCCAGGUACAUAUCUCCUCAGAGCAGCAAUGAACAGUCACCGUACUAGCUUGUAACCGUAUAGAUUGUUCUUACCUUGCUGCUCAGGGGGAAGAGAAUAAAAUGAUUCUGAUGGAACUGGCGGAAAUGACUGGCAGAAUCCGAGACCAGGGAGAAGAGUCGGUGGAAGAAGAUUGGAAAAAAUUCAAAGUAUACUUACAGAAACAUUGUAAAAUUAAUGAGUGUUAGAAGGAUGCUGGAAUGAAGUUAUAUGGUUUUAGUAGAAAUGCAACAAAGAAUUAAGUAAAAGCUGAUUGAUAACGGGUUAAAAUGAAAAAAUUUAAGGUUAGACCGUUAAGAUAAAUUAUAGAAAAAAAAUUAAGAAAGAUGGGAAGAAUUUGCUGAAAUAGUGAAUCGAACUAGAAUACAAAAAAAGGGAGGUGUGAGGAGGUCGAUGAAACAAGUAAAGGAAAGGUAAAGAUAUGGAAUAUUGGAUGUGUGUUUUAGUUCUCUUUUUGUUUCUUUUUGUUGUAUUGUUGUUGUUGUUUUCUUCUUUUUUAUUGUUUUCUUUUUUCUGUAAUUUUUAAACUUUUAAUAAAUAUCAUUGUAUAAAAAAGAGAAUAAAAUGAUUCUGAAACAGAAGAGAUUGUAUACAAGCCGUUCCUCUUUGUGUAGCUGCUGAAAUAGAGGGAAGUGGGGAAUAGGCAGGCCCCAGUGGCUUGAAUGCACAGCUGCAAUGUUACUCAGCCAUUCAUUCAUGCUUUACAAAUGUCAGAAUUCUGAGUUUCCCUUUUAUUCCUGUUUUGAUAGGAUAUGGUGUGUUAGCCUCAGUAUUCUAGGUGGCAGCAUUACCCAGAAUAUCUCGAGAUGAGUUGUAUUUCAGACCUGACAUCCUAGCAUGCAUUGAUUUUUGUCUCCCAAUUUAAACAAGAAAAUCCCAGGAAAGGCAAGUUGUUCUGGGGGAGGGAACGCCCCCCCCCCAAGCAACGUGACACUUCAUUUCGCCUCCAAACCCUACCUGUUGCUGUGUGAAUAAACAGAGUGCCACUUCCUAAUCAUGUAUUUAUGUGAUUGGAUUUCAAAAGGUAAACUUCAGCCCUCUUUGGGAAAGCCCUGGUUGCUUCCCAGCGCUUCCCCUGCUGUUCAUGAAUCCUAAACACAUCAGAACUAGCCUGAAGUUAUGUUAUAAUUAGAGCUGGUUUACUCCCGGAAAGUGUGCUUGUUGCAGCGAGAGCAUUAAUUUCAAUAAGGUUUGUAACAGGGUGCCUGUUCCCCAUUGAAAUUAAUGGAGAGAUUGCACAACAGCAGAGCUUCGGAGUUUACUUACAAAAAGAACAGCAACAUUUCGCUAUAAACCACCUUUCUCUAGUAGUUCAUUGCCGUAUUGAGCCAGCUUUUAUAGACUUUGCUAUUCAGAUGUGAGCCUCACUGAGUUUGCCUGUUUACUCCCAGGUAACUGUGCGCAAGAUUGCUGCCUUCAUGUUAAAAGAGAUAUGGUUUUUCUCCUCUCAUAUCUUGCAAUGCAGGGACGCGGGUGGCGCUGUGGGUUAAAUCACAGAGUCUAGGAAUCAGAAGGUUGGUGGUUCGAAUCCCCGCAACGGGGUGAGCUCCCGGGGUGAGCUCCCAUUGCUUGGUCCCUGCUCCUGCAAACCUAGCAGUUCGAAAGCAUGUCAAAGUGCAAGUAGAUAAAUAGGUACUGCUCCGGCGGAAAGGUAAACGGCGUUUCCAUGCGCUGCUCUGGUUCGCCAGAAGCGGCUCAGUCAUGCUGGCCACAUGACCCGGAAGCUGUACGCCAGCUCCCUCGGCCAGUAAAGCGAGAUGAGCGCCGCAACCCCAGAGUCGGUCAUGAUUGAACCUAAUGGUCAGGGGUCCCUUUACCUUUAUCUUGCAAUGCAGGGGCCAUAAGAAAGCAACAAGGCAAUUUAGUGUGAACUAGAGAAGAGCUGAAAUCCAUUAUUGGACUUUUUUCCCUACUAAAUAUCUGUGUCCCACUUUUACUCACCCAUCCCCAUAGAAAAAGGCCGCUUAAAAGAAUUUUCUCCAGAUACUCUUCUCUACUAAGUGUUUUGUGGUGUCUGCUAUUCCACUCCCGUUCAAGGCCCUUGAACAAUGCCCCACUCAGCGGAGGAAGCAGCACAAUGUUGGCCAGCUUUCCAGCAAAAUUGCUUCUGCUGCUGCUCGUAGUUGUCACAAAUGAAAACUUUUAAGAUGGCUUUAAGCUCCUGCCAUGGCCAACUGCAGAGUCCCACUCCCCUCCAAAAGUUGGGGGAUUUCAGUGAAAUGCCGUUUCUCCAGUUUCCCUGGAGUUUCACAGGUAGGGUGAAUAAUUUCAAGAGGCCACUUGCACACAGGUGUAAUGAGAACCAGGCAGAGGGCCUUCUCGGUAGUGGCGCCCACCCUGUGAUAUGCCUUCCCAUCAGAUGUCAAGGAAAUAAACAACUAUCUGGCUUUUAGAAGACAUCUGAAGGCAGCUCUGUUUAGGGAUGGUUUUAAUGCUUAAUGUUUUAUUGUAUUUUUAAUAGUCUGUUGGGAGCUGCCCAGAGUGGCUGGGGAAACCCAGCCAGAUGCGUGGGGUAUACAUAAUUUUUUAAUUUUUAUUAUUAAUAUUACUACUACUACUACAGUGGUACCUCUGGUUACGAACUUAAUUCAUUCUGGAGGUCCGUUCUUAACCCGAAACUGUUCUUAACAUGAGGCGUGCUUUCGCUAAUGGCGCCUCCUGCUGCCGCUGCGCUUCUGGCGCGUGACUUCCGCUUGCAUCCCGGGGCAAAGUUCGCAACCGGGAGCAUCUACUUCCGGGUUAGCGGAGCUCGUAACCCAAAGUGUUCGCAAGGUGGACGGUAUGUAACAGGAGGUUCCACUGUACUACUACUACUAGGGCGGAACUGGAUGUUACCCAAAAUAUGGCGGUGCCACCAAAAAUGGCAUGCUUGGGUUGAGUCCCCUCUCCCCUGUAGUAAUGGAAGCCAGAUGAUAUGAUCUUGGCAUGCAGCGUGUUUCUCACAGUGGCUGUCAAAUACGUGGAAUGACCAUGGGGAAAAAAGCAUGACAGAAUGAUACCAUACAGUCAAUACUUCUUCCCUUUUCCAUGUUGUUCUCGCAACAACCCUGUGAGGUAGGUUAGGCUGAGAGAGGGUGACUUGCCCAAGUUCGCCCACUCAGCUGCACAGCUGAGCAGGGAUUUGAACCUUGGCCUCCUGGGUCCUAGUCUAACACCCUAACCAUUACGCUACGCUGGCUGUGACUAAAGAACGAAGGAAAAACAUCUACUACCCUCUCCGCUUAUUAUGCGCUUUCAAUAAAAACAUGCUUGCCUCUUUGUUUCCAGUAAAAAGAGUUUUUCUUUUCUGUUGGCAGUGCCUAUCUACGUGCCCUUCCUUAUCGUGGGCUCUGUUUUCGUGGCGUUCAUCAUCUUGGGGUCCCUCGUAGCAGCUUGCUGCUGCCGCUGCCUGCGCCCCAAGCAAGAGCCUCAGCAGAGCCGGCCUCCUGGAGGCAACCGGAUAAUGGAGACUAUUCCCAUGAUCCCAAGUGCCAGCACCUCCCGCGGAUCCUCGUCACGUCAAUCAAGCACCGCUGCCAGCUCCAGCUCCAGUGCCAACUCAGGUGCCAGGCCUCCCCCUACCAGGUCGCAAACCAACUGCUGUUUACCAGAAGGGACCAUGAAUAAUGUAUACGUCAACAUGCCUACUAAUUUCUCAGUACUGAACUGCCAGCAGGCUACGCAGAUAGUGCCUCACCAAGGCCAGUAUUUGCACCCACAGUAUGUGGGUUACGCUGUACCGCACGACUCUAUGCCCAUGGCCCCUGUGCCCCCUUUCCUCGACGGCCUGCAAAGUGGAUACAGGCCAAUUCAGUCUCCUUAUCCCCACAGCAAUAGCGAACAGAAGAUGUACCCAGCAGUGACUGUGUAGCUCGAAGGAGGGAAGAAACAGAAACAGACACCCAAGCAAAAAAAGAAAUAAAAUAAAAAUAUUGCCGCAACAGACUGUGAGCAGAGGAAAGGAACGCUUUUGGAAAGAAGCUUGCCGAACUUCAUUUGUAAAUAAUUUUGGAAGGCUCAUGCAUGUCCGGAGAGUAUUUAUAGAUGGUUUUCUUUUCGUUCAGUUCAGUUGCCAAAAGAACUGUAUGAAGAGACCUUUGAUUUAACAUUUCCAGAUAAUGCUUCCAUUCCAGUGCAUGAUUUACAGGGGCAAAGGAUUAUGCUGAAGAGGCAUCUACAUUUCGGUUAGAUAAGUGUGUGUGUGUGUGUGUGUGUGUGUGUGUGUGUGAGUGAUUAAAUGCCUGAGCCACUAAGUGCCCUUGAAGGUGCUACACAGUCGAUGGUAUUUACCUAGUGAAUAGAAAACCAGCUUGUUACAUGGUACGAAAUAAUUGUUUUAGAAGUGUCUUUCCCCCAGAGUUUUAACUACCCUUCGUAUUGCUGUUCCGACAAUCACACUGACGACAGGAUGAACAGUGCAAUCCUGGUUAGUUACAUAGUCCUAGAAGUUUGACUUGAAAUUACAGGGAGGGACCAUAGCUCAGUGGUAGGGCGCAUGCUUGGCAUGCAGAAGGUCCCGUGUUUAAACCCUCGCAUAUCCAAUUGUUCUUGUUGUUUUUUUAAAAAAGCAGGGAUAGUUGUCCUGAGGUCCUCUAGUGGUUUCUAGACUCCCAACUCCCAUCAGCAUGGCCAGUGGUCAGGGAUUAUGGGAGUUGCAGUCCAGCAACAUCUGGAGAGCCUCCCCAUCCCUAUUAAAGGACCAGGCAGCAGAUGAAGGAAGGACCCUCUACCUGAUAGCCUGCAAUCAGGGUAGGCAGCACUGGGCUAGGUGGACAAACAGCUGUGACUUCAUAUAAGACGGCUUUCUACGUUCCUAGUAUCUUACCUACACCCUUUGCAAUAUCGCAAACUGCUUUUGAAAGCCUGCUUUUGCAUCGUGAAACAGUUGGCCAUGUGGUAUUGGUGAGGGAGCUGUUUGAGAAGCUCAAGCCCAGAAGCCAUUCAGGUGUGUGGAUGUAGCUACAUACUUCUUUGGAUCCUGGUGAUGCUCAGGAGCCGAGCAUUUUGCAGACAUGCGGCUUACCUCAGCGAUUUUCAAAGCAGAAGAGAAUGUGAAGGGUUCGCUUUUAUUCCAGCUGAAGUACCCACAAUAGCCUCAGUACCCGUUUUCUUUGUGCAUGCCAACAAAAGUGUAGCAGCAUUUUUUGCAAACGCCACUUGCAAUGCUCAAAAAACGCCUUUGGAAUUUGGGCAUUGGUGGCGUGAGAUUAAGUGGGUUGCAGCCAAGACUUUUCCCCCAGCAUGGCUCCUUGUCCCCAUUUCCAGUUCAAUGGACAGGCCCUGGUGCCUUGGACCACAUGGAAAUGGGAUUCAUAUCUGACGCAGAUAGAAGUGGUCAGCCCAAACAACAGAGCAGGGAAAGACUUGCAGAGGUAGAAAAGGUGGCUGCCUGGAAAACCUCUUUUUGUCGAAGUGCAGACAAUUCCCCGGUUGCGUGGGGGUUGUUCUCUGGGUCAUUGCAUGCUUGCACGAAAUCGUGCACAAUUGGAGCAAACACCUGCAAACACCCUGUGGUUGCUCCUGCCCUGUUCCACCCCUUUUUGUGACGUUUUUGAAUCCCUUCCUGGUUCAGCGUGUGCAUGUGGUCAUGCACAUAUCAGACACACCUAAUCACCAGUUGCUGCCUGUAAAAGUAUUAGAAGCGUGACAUCACCACACAUUUCCGUUGUGUACAGAUUCAUUAGCGAAACAAUUCCGCAUGAUGUAAAGGUCUUUGGGCGACUCAAGGGAUGAUAUUGCACUAAACCGGGUUGAUUUAAUCUGUAUCAGCAGCUAAGUUUCUGGCAGUCAUAAAAGAAGCAGAAGGUCUGUGUUAAUUGUUAAUGUAUUUCGUGCUUCAGAAAUCCAGGAUUUGCUUUCUCGUUAAAAAACCACCAAAAAAACCCACACCACUAUGUAGCAAUAUAAUUCAUUUAUAUUGUCUGCUGAAGUUUGACACUUACAUAUUGACACUGUGCCAAGACUGUGUUCAUCCUGCCUCACCCCUGAUGCUGUGUGCACAAGAGAUAAAUGCAGGAGAAAGAGAUGCUCUUGAAUAAGGAAACCGAAGUGCAUGGGCACAUUGCACCAGCAUACUCUGAUCCAGGGAACUGAACUAAAUGGAAUUUACCCCAUGCAGCUCUUUCAUGUGUGCAUAAGUACUUUUUCACCCAUAGGAAUUAACUGAAUUCAUUGUUUCUGCUGCUUGUUGUCCUCAGAGUGCUACAGGGUCUAGAUCAGAGGCUCCCAAACGUUGGUUUGUGGUCUAUAAGCUUCAUUCAUGUGGUUGCAAGGAUAUCCAUGCUCACUCAUGCACUUGAUUUUUAUUUUUUUUCUGAUGGUGAAGACUUGGUCCUUUUUGGCCAUUGCCAGUUUUAUUGAACAGGCAAAGAAGACCAUAGCCUAGGACCUGUGAUUUUCACAAUAAGGUGCUGAUGCAGUCACCUAAUAUUUCCCUAGCUAUUAAAUAGGACUUACGUGUGUGCUUUGAUUUUUAGAGCAAAGUGAAGUUUACCGAUCUGCCAAGACCUGCAGCAAUUUUCAAAUGGUGGGUUUGAGAACCACUGGUAUAGAACACUUGUCCAAUAGGUACCUUUGCAGCUACCUUACUCUGCUUAUCAUGUUUGUUUAGAAAAGUCUAGCUCUCAGUUUGAGAAGCGCUGCCGGGAAUUUCUUGCAGAGCAAUGGAUGCCCUUGAUAUGCCGUUUGCUUGAAAAGAAACAGAAGGUGCUGAGCAGUUUCCUGGAUUGGGCCCACUGUUUCACUUCUGGAAGAUGGGCUCAGAGACUGAUGUUAGCUUUUUCCAUUUGUGAAAAAAAAAUAGUUUACACUCUUGUGCACAAUUGCCUGGGAGCAAGUCCUACUGAACUCAGUAGGACUUACUUCUGAGUAGAAAUGAAUAGGAUCGCACCCUUCUGUUUCCCAGAAUUCAUUGUAUUCAUUGCACAUGCUGUGUUACUUAUAUGAAAAUCAGGUGAAUCUGUUUGUUUACUUGUUUUUUUUUUAAAAAAUGAAUAAGUUAAAUCAAAAGUAUGUAGAAAUUAAUUUACAUUGAACAGGGGAAAUGCUUUUGAGUUGUAAUAAAAAAAAGUUUGUGACAUGUGGUGUUUUAUAUGUCAUGUAUAAUAAUGUAAAACCAAUGUUAAUGUUUGGUAUAAUUUUUUAAAUUUCUUAAAGGGCACUUGAGUAAGUGAUUCUUACAAGUGAAGAAAAAAAAGAUCUUUUGUUUCAUAUUAAAUAUUUUAUGGUGUGAUUUUUCUCUC